AUGGGAUCUUGUUCAAGUCGGCCUAGUCACAAGGCAAAUGGCUCCGAACACCAGCAGUAUGCCCAAAUGUGGGUGGUUCCGGUGCCGCAUGUCCUUGAGAUGACUGGCAGUCUGCAGCCGCACGAGACUUUGAAAGAGCGGAGUCUCUUGGAGAUCUGGAAUUCUACGAUGUUCACCAUUUUCGUUUCGCACCAGUGGCUGGGCUUCCAGCAUCCUGAUCCAAAUGAGGAACGACUGAAAGUCCUACAGCUGGUUUUGAAGAGGUUGAUCGCCAAGCAACUGAAAAUUGAGUACGAUAUCGCGUCCUCAUUCUAUGGACGGAAGCUGACUGCAAGAGAGCUUCAUGGAAUUGAAGAGUGGUACAUCUGGCUGGACUACUUCUGUGUCCCUCAGUGGGUCGAAUACCAGGUUCCCGCACUUGCAGAAGAGCAGCUGUUGUAUGUCAAAAGCAUUCCCAGCUACGUUGACCUUUGUGAUGUUUUUGUUGCUUGGUCAAGGGUCCUGACGAAAUUAGGUUUACUGUGCCUGUGUGGCACCGAUAUCCGGCGCAUUCCGGAGAUUUCACAGUGGAAGCAGAUCGCCUUUCCUGUAGUCACAUCAUUGAGACCGCUUUGA